AAAUCGGAAGAAACCCCAACUCUGAUUCAAUCUCGUUCUCUCUCACGAUCACCCCAUCCGGCGGUGGAUUCCUGGUGGGCGGCGGCUGUUUCUUAUCUUAUGAGCAUCCACCUCAACGGCUGCGGCCAUAAAUUCUUCUCCAGCUAGCAGCAGCUGCCCCUUUGAGAACUUCCCAUAAAUUUCACUAUUUUUCUCUAAAAGUUGUGACUUUGUGGAUAUCAUGGCUAGAAUUUUGGUUCAACCGACAAAUAUUCUUGGUCUUGUUGGUGGAAGUAAGAGUUCCCCUUCAAGAGGAUCAAGUAAUGUAAAACGGGUUGUUAAAAUGAUGUCUAGUGUACAUUCACCUGGUUUGAGGAUGAGAAGCUUUUCUGGACUUAGAGGGUUUAAUUCUUUGGAUAAUAUGUUGAGAACUGGACAAGAUUUUCAUUCGAAGAUGGCAAUUACAAUCUCUUCUAGGCGAAGGAAGGCUAGCAGGUGUGUUCCAAGAGCAAUGUUUGAGCGAUUUACUGAAAAAGCGAUUAGAGUAAUUAUGCUUGCUCAGGAGGAAACGAGACGGCUUGGUCAUGAUUUUGUUGGCACAGAACAGAUCCUUUUGGGUCUUAUUGGGGAAGGCACUGGUAUUGCUGCUAAGGUUCUUAAAUCUAUGGGAAUUAAUCUUAAAGAUGCUCGUGUGGAAGUGGAGAAGAUAAUUGGUCGGGGUGGUGGGUUUGUUGGUGUAGAAAUCCCAUUCACUUCUCUUGCAAAGCGUCUUUUGGAACACUCUCUUGAGGAAGCUCGCCAACUCGGCCACAAUUAUAUUGGGUCAGAGCACUUGCUUCUGGGACUACUUCGUGAAGGGGAGGGUGUUGCAGCUCGUGUUCUUGAAAAUUUAGGUGCUGAUCCCACUAACAUACGGACUCAGGUUAUUCGGAUGGUGGGUGAGAGCACAGAGGCUGUUGGUGCUGGUGUUGGAGGAGGGACCAGUGGGAACAAGAUGCCAACCCUGGAAGAGUAUGGGACAAACUUAACUAAGCUGGCAGAAGAGGGUAAACUAGAUCCUGUUGUUGGUAGGCAGCAGCAAAUAGAACGUGUAACCCAAAUUCUUGGUCGGAGAACAAAGAAUAACCCUUGCCUCAUUGGUGAACCUGGUGUUGGAAAAUCGGCCAUUGCUGAAGGUCUGGCUCAAAGGAUUGCUAAUGGGGAUGUUCCUGAAACGAUAGAAGGGAAGAAGGUUAUAACCUUGGAUAUGGGCCUUCUUGUAGCUGGCACGAAAUAUCGUGGGGAGUUUGAAGAAAGAUUAAAAAAACUGAUGGAGGAAAUAAAACAAAGUGAUGAGAUUAUUCUUUUUAUUGAUGAGGUGCACACAUUAAUUGGAGCAGGGGCUGCAGAAGGAGCUAUUGAUGCAGCAAACAUAUUAAAACCCGCCCUUGCAAGGGGCGAACUGCAGUGCAUUGGAGCUACAACCUUGGACGAAUACAGAAAACACAUUGAGAAAGACCCAGCCUUAGAACGACGAUUUCAGCCAGUCAGAGUGCCAGAACCAUCUGUGGAUGAAACCAUACAGAUUUUGAGAGGCCUCAGGGAACGGUAUGAAAUCCACCACAAACUUCGUUACACAGAUGAAGCAUUAGAAGCUGCCGCACAGCUGUCAUACCAGUACAUAAGUGAUCGAUUCUUGCCUGAUAAGGCAAUCGACUUGAUUGAUGAAGCAGGUUCCCGAGUUCGCCUCCGUCAUGCUCAGUUACCUGAGGAAGCUAAGGAGGUUGAAAAAGAGCUCAGGCAGAUCACGAAGGAGAAGAAUGACGCUGUUCGGAGUCAAGAUUUUGAGAAGGCUGGAGAAUUGCGUGAUAGAGAAAUGGAACUUAAGGUUAAGAUAUCAGCUCUAAUAGAUAAGGGUAAGGAGAUGAGCAAGGCAGAAAGAGAGGCAGGGGAUGUAGGCCCUGUUGUGACUGAAGUUGAUAUUCAGCAUAUUGUCUCCUCCUGGACCGGCAUUCCGGUCGAGAAAGUAUCCACUGAUGAAUCUGACCGCCUGCUCAAAAUGGAAGAGACCCUCCAUAAGAGGGUCAUUGGUCAAGAUGAAGCAGUUAAAGCCAUCAGCCGUGCCAUACGCCGAGCUCGUGUUGGACUCAAGAAUCCCAAUCGUCCCAUUGCAAGCUUUAUAUUUUCUGGUCCAACUGGUGUGGGUAAAUCUGAGUUAGCAAAAGCAUUGGCCGCUUACUAUUUUGGCUCCGAAGAAGCAAUGAUUCGCCUUGAUAUGAGUGAAUUUAUGGAAAGACAUACUGUUUCCAAGCUCAUUGGUUCACCCCCUGGUUAUGUUGGUUACACAGAGGGGGGUCAAUUAACUGAGGCCGUUCGUCGUCGUCCAUACACAGUGGUUCUCUUUGAUGAGAUUGAAAAAGCUCAUCCUGAUGUGUUCAACAUGAUGCUUCAAAUUCUAGAGGAUGGAAGGUUGACAGAUAGCAAGGGCAGAACAGUGGACUUCAAGAAUACACUUUUGAUAAUGACAUCGAACGUGGGAAGCAGUGUAAUAGAGAAGGGAGGUCGGAGAAUAGGGUUCGACCUUGAUUAUGACGAGAAGGACAGUAGUUAUAACCGUAUCAAGAGCUUGGUGACGGAGGAACUGAAACAAUACUUCAGGCCUGAGUUUUUGAACAGGUUGGAUGAGAUGAUCGUGUUCCGUCAACUCACAAAACUGGAGGUGAAGGAGAUUGCGGAUAUAAUGCUGAAGGAAGUAUUUGAUAGACUAAAAGUAAAAGAAAUUGAUCUUCAAGUUACAGAAAGAUUUAGAGAUAGGGUAGUUGAGGAAGGAUACGACCCAAGCUAUGGUGCAAGACCAUUGAGAAGGGCAAUCAUGAGACUUCUGGAGGACAGCAUGGCUGAGAAGAUGCUGGCAAGAGAGAUCAAGGAGGGUAACUUGGUAAUUGUGGAUGCCGAUUCCGAUGGAAACGUGACGGUGCUCAAUGGCGGAGCUGCUACUGAGUCUUUGGCAGAUGCUAUUCCUGUGUAACCUGUAAAGGUAUGCACCCAUUUUUUUUUGAUAGGAGAAUAACAACAAUCUUAUUAUUUAGAAGUUAGGAAAUGAAACGUAAUUCCAUCUUAUUUAGUAGUUGUACUUUGUAUAGUCUAUUUAUUUCUAACUAGAUGGAAGGGGCAGUUGGUGCAGUGGAUCUGGAAAUAUGUAGUUGAUUUUCUUACUUCUUUUCUGUUCUAGUUGUAUUUAUUCAUUUAAUGGUUAUUACCACUACGAGGAUCGGCAUGACUUUGCAGAACUUCGUUGUAUCAAUAAAAUUGGUAAUGUGCCAUCACUUAUUUAUUUGUUUA